AUGUCAAACAACGAAAAUAAAAUUGAUGAUUCUCAAGUAAAACUUAUUAAUGUGAAUUUGACAGAAUCGACAUUUGAUAGUAUUGAAGCUGAUAACAAUGAAGCGAUUAAUAAAACUUUCAUAAACGAUGGCGAGCCAUUAGAAUCCAACCAAAGCAACGUUGCGCCAUCAAAAUUGGAUGAUGUCGCUAAUGUUAAGGACGAGAAAAUCAAUGUUACGCAUGAUGUACUAAUGGAUGAAGAAAUAAAUGAAAAUGUAAAUGGAGAGAAGCAGGAAGAAUCUCAAUAUAAUUUAGAUAGAAUCCCGACUGAGGAAACGACAUGCGUUCGUGAUCAGUCUGAUUAUGACAUAAAUAAAACAGGAAAGAGAAGAACAACCAAGACCACAAGAAAAGACACACUACAAGAUGGGUCUUCUUCGUACAAUUACCAAAAUUCCAAAACUUCACCGGCUGCACGAUCUUCAGCCUCCGUCACGAAUUCAAGUCUUGGAACGACAUCUUCAGCUUUUAACAUAUCUUUACGAAAUGAAAAGAAAAUUUCAGCCGAACAUAUCAAAACGGUGUUUCACGUACAUUUGCCUUUGAAUGUUAAAGAACUUGGUGUACCAGUUAUCGUCGGUAAUAUCAAGGAGCUAGGAUCUUGGAAUGAUCCAAUUGUCAAGCUUCAUCAAAUCUCUCGUCGCACACCACCCAAUUGUUCUAAUACUUACUGGGUUUCUGAUCCUGUUUCGAUUUCUUUAAAAAAUCUUGAGUCUAUCCAGGAAAUCCGAUACAAAUAUGUGAUAGUUCCAUCACAAUUAACAACAAGAAAAACCAAAGACUUCAAAACUAUGAUUUAUGAAGGCUUUGAUGAUACAUCUGAACGUGUUCUUUUAUUACGAGAAAAUCAGUAUGAUAUAUGGAAAAAUAAUGAAUUUUUAAAUAUUAGUCAAGUUAAAGAUUAUUAUUUUGCUGAGCUUAUAUUUAAUUCUUUAACUCCUGAAAAUCUUAAAGAAAAAAUUAUAGAAUAUCAAUCAAUUUAUAGUGAUCGUGAUCAUUGGGUAAACGCAAUCCAUGCAGUUUCGAUAGAGUUUUUUAGAGAAUGUUUACAUAAGAAAAAUUCCAGAGAGCAUCGUCUUUUGGUUCUCAUCUUUAUGGGAUAUUAUAUUCACGGAAUUCAGAGACAUACACAUAAUCGUGUUGAAUUACCAGAAAAAUUUCCUACACAUUUGCUACUUGAUAUAUUAGAAUAUGUUCAGGAAGAUACCUUUCCAUCCGAUAUGCAUAAAAUUGUCAUGACAGCUUGUGUAACAUUAAUUCGUCAUAAUAUUUCCAAGGGAGAGUUUACCUGGAUCAAAAUAUUUCCUGUUGCUAAAUUGCUUGAUCCAGAUUUCAAAUUCCUCGAAUCUCUCAAAUUCAGGUUCGAUGAAAAAGCAACACAAUCUUUUCUCUACAAUCUGCGUGACAAGGCAUUCAAUUAUAUUGAUCAAAUUAAACAUUCUGAACCCUAUGCUAAUGUUGGAAAGUGGUUGAUUUCGAAAUGUGAAACGAUGGAAUCACUUAUGUACGUUUGGCAGAAUAUAAUAAUUGAUCAUACUGAAGAUGUUAAUAUUUUGCUUCGUCAUACAUUGUUGGAGAGAGUUCAAAAGAAUAUACAAUUUAAAUAUGAUAUUGUUCAAUUACACAAGUUAUUCAUUGAACUUCCGCCGGAUUUUUCAGAGUUAGUAGCGGAAGCAUUUCGAAAAAGAAUUAUUAUUCACUUAAAAAAUGGUCUUGGAAUUCCAAAUUAUCCGUCAAAACAUUCAGAAGCAAUAUUUCAAUUAUUAAAAAGCGAGAACCUUUUUUGGACAUCUGAUGAUUAUAUUAUUGUGUUAGAAUUGUUCUCUCAGUUCACUGACAUUGAAAUGUUGUGCCAUUUUCAUCAAUUGUUAGAUAAUUUUCAAGAUGAGAAUGAGGACAUUAAAGAACGGAAAAAAGUCUUUAAAAUUUGUAAAAAAUGGUAUGAAUGCCUUUUGAAUCGUUUAACUGCUUCGUCUCAUAAGCAGGACACGAUAUUUUUGAUAUUUUACCAUGCAUCACUUCUCUAUGAAAGAAUUGGAAAACAUACAAUUCUCUGGGAAAAAAUAAUGGAGCUCGCUGCCCAUAGUAUCAAACAGUUUCCUGAGAGUCUUAUUUUCAAAGCUUUACCAAAAAUUGAGAAGCUUCAUGCGGAUGUUGUUGGAUGUUUUAGUCAAAUUGUCGAAGAAAUGCUGUCAGCAUCUACCAAACAUAUCGAUGAUCUAUUGAUGAUAAGAAUUAAGCACAUUUGUGCUUCUUCAGGUGAACAACUUGUGAUUCCGAGCCUGUUAAGCGAAAAUUUUAUUUGUCAUAUUAUCGAAUGCUUGCAAAUAAGUCUCCCGUCUUAUGAUGCGGAUUUGGAUACAAUUCCAACAAGUUUUCAUUUGUCUCUUCUCAAUGCAGCAGAUUUUUGGAAAAUGAUUCUGAGAGCUAAAGGUUGUACGAAAGAGUUAAACUCACUUCAUUACAUUACGAAGAUUAAACAGGCAAUUUCCCAAUUGGGUUGUAAUAUAAUAAAUGAAUCAAUUGAUAUUUUUCUUUUACAAAAUAUUUACAAGUAUGAUGAUGAUUUUCUAUUAAAAUAUUUUGAAUCUGUGUCAAUAUUUGAUGAAGAUGUUAAGAUACAUGUUACUAAGGAGAUUUUAGAGUCAGUUAAGAAACAAAUUAGGGAAUAUAUGCAAACAUUUGAGAACCUAAACGCUUUUUAUGUGCGAUAUUGUUCAGUAACUAAGGUUACAGAUGGACAUGAAUAUCUUGAUUAUUUAAAUGAACAGAAAAAUAUGUGGGAAUCUAUUUCACUUGAUCAAAUCCGGGGGUUGGAGACUUGGAAAUAUCAUUACGAGAUAUUAGAAGUUGCCAAGAAAAUUUACAAAUACAACAAAUCUCAAACAUUUUAUAAUGUUUUUGAAAAAAUUUUACAAGAAAUUCCAAAUGAAAUAAAUGUACAAACUCUUGUACAAGUUGUAAUCCCAGAAGUUUUUAAAUCAUACAUUAAAUAUUGUUCUAAAUUUCAAAAUUGGGAGGAUAUCCAGUUGUCUUUCGCAACAAUGUUUUGGAAAAAUGUCAAAGAUAUCAAUGCAGAGCUUGAAUUCAUGGUUGAUUAUCCCAUGAAUCAAGACCCAAGAUACACGAUGACUCUUACUCACCUAUCUGAAAUUCUGAAAUUGACACAGAAAUUACAUCAGCUGUCAACUGUAGUAGAAAUAUUUAAUGUGCCUCGAAAUGAACAAGAUUGGCUCUCAGAAGCUCUUAAUAACCUUGAAGAACAAUCAAUAUUUUUAGGACACUUAAGCGCUAUAUUUGAUUCAGUUAAUAAAUAUAUUGGCACUAUUGAUGAAAAUACAAAUGGCUGGUCAUUAAUUAAAGAGCUUUCAAUUGCUGAAGAAUUUAUCAAUUUUCUACGAUCUGUUGCGGAACACGAUCUUAAAAAUCUUAUAAAUGGCGUUGAUGAUCAUUCUGAUGAACGAUUGAUUCAGGAAGACACAGUUUCAUCUCUUAUCCAGGUUAAACAAUUCUUAAUUCCACUAAUGAAUGCUGCAUCAACCUUGACCUUGGAUACAUUCGUGCAAGAAUUACUCAAAAUCGCUGAAUUGAAUCCAACACUUUCAAGAAAGGUUACAUUAUGCAAUAGCAACAAUAUGGCAUUACAAAAUAUGUAUGCAAAUAUUAGUAACAGAGGAGAAGUGACUAAAGAAAAGAUUCAAAAUUCUGUUAAAAUUGGAACUUAUAAAUUUGAAUGGAAGUCAGCAGAUAAAAGAUGUUCAGUGAAAUUAUCAUAUCCAAUUACGAAAACAAGAACUGUCACAUAUAAUUUUAAUGAUUUGCAAGAUUUACGAGGACGGGCUCUUUUAAUCGCAAAGCCGGAUAUCACAAUUGGGGACUCGAAUAAAAAAGAUAAAACGAAAGAUAUAAUGGAUGAAUUUGUAAAUCAAGUGGAUAUAGCUCAAGACAUCGUUAAUAAUAUCGCCUCGAAAUUGAUUGAAACUGGUCAUUUUGGAUAUAGAGAAUUUCAAGAUUCAGUCAAAGGGACUGAAAAAAUGAUUCAAUUAGCCGAAAAAUUAAAAGCAGAUCUUAAAAAAUGGUAA